GAAUCACGAGAUAAGGUUCUAGAAUGGUCACGAUCAAUUGGAAAAACUCAUGGUAUUGUUGUUGUUACAAUCCGAUCUGAUUUUGCUAAUGGACUGCGAGGGAGGAAGGAUAGAUUGAUUAUGGGUUGUGACAGAGGAGGAAAUUACAAAAAGAAAAAUGUGAGAUCUGAUGGUAACUAUACUAUGAAGAUUAUAUGCCCAUUUAGGUUGAGAUCUGUUCUGAGUAGUAUUGGUUAGAAGGUGAUGGUUACAUGUGGGAUGCACAAUCAUAGGCUAGAUAAGGAUUUGGUAUGUCAUGACAUCUUGGGCCGUCUAAAAGAUGAUUAAAGAAAGUUUGUGAGUGACAUGACGAAGUACAAUAUGGCACCAAUGUACGUCAUGUCUGCUUUGAAAGAUAAAGACCCCGAAAAUCUCACGAGUAUUACCCAGAUACGCUGAGAUAGAGCAACAUACAGACUAGGCAAGAGAGGUGCAAUGACAAAAAUGCAAAUGUUAUUGAGCCUUAUUCACCAAGAGAAAUACAUGUGUUGGUCUAGAAAUAAGGAGAAUUCAGAUAUUGUGGCUAAUAUCUUAUGGACACACCCUGACUCUGUCAAGUUGUUGAAUAUGUUUCCUCUAGUGUUGAUUUUUGAUUGCACGUACAAAACAAAUAGUUAAGAAUUUUAAUUUUAAUUUCACCCAUCUUAAAAAUAUGUUGAGUGAGUUGGUUGCUGAAUGGGUUUUUUGAUCAUGAAGGUACCAGCUAUCACUGCUUGAGAUUGUUGGUGUUACAUCAAAAAAUGGACGUUUUCAGUUGCUUUAGAAUAUUUGGAACAUGAAAGGGAGGAUAACUUCACAUGGGCACUACAAAAGCUUAAAGAGUUGUUCUAUUCUGAGAAGUUGCUUCCAAAUGUCAUGGUGACGGACCGGGAACUUGCAUUAAUGAAUAAAAUUGAUUCUGUGUACCCAAAUAUGUCUCAUUUGUUGUGCACGUUUCAUAUUUCAAACAACGUUAGCAUGAAAUGUAAAGAGUAUGUGCAAUUAGAAAUACAAGAACAUUUCAUCGAUCAAUGGAACAGCAUGAUGUAUUCAAAUACAAAAGAUGAAUUUGAUGUACAUCUGAACCACUUCGAGAGUGUAUGUGGUGAUAUUCCAUCAUUUGUCAAGUAUGUGAAAGAAACAUGGUUAACACCAUAUAAAGAAAGGUUUGUUUCUGCAUGGACUAACAUAGUCGCUCAUUUAGGGAACACAACAACAAACAGAGUGGAGUCUGCACAUUGGAGACUGAAGAACAUGUUGACGACAAGUCGUGGUGAUUUAUGUGCGAGUUGGGAUGCUGUGAACACAAUGUUGAAGCUGUAGCUAGGUUUCACAAGAGUAUCGUUUCAAAAACGUAUUGUCAACAUUGAGCAUCGGUACAACACUCCAUUCUAUUAUAAAUUGCACAGUUUUGUUUCAAGACAGUGUUUACAACUCAUUGGAAAGGAACUAGAAAGAGUCAAAUUUGUUGGUGCGAGCAAGGAGAGGUGUGGUUGUUACAUUAGAACAACACAUGGGUUACCGUGUGCGUGCCAGCUCGCUGAUUACCAUAUUCUAGGCAUACCUAUACCUUUGGAAACUAUUCAUGUGUUUUAGACAAAAUUGCAAAUUUCAGAACAUGAUGUGAGUCCUGACGAGAGCAAAUGGGAUUUAGAUGAGGAGUGCAAAGAGUUGAAGAGAAAAUUAAGUACUCUGGAUAUUGUGGGUCAAAGGGCGUUGAAGAAAAAAGUUCGUGAUCUAGCCUAUCCGUCCACAACUUCAAUGUGUCCACCGCCGGUGAAAUACAAGCCAAAGAGAGGAGUUGAGAAUAGUAGAAAAGGCGAGGAAAUUGGUGUGCAUCGUGAUCCAAGUCAGUGGGAAUAUGUUGAUGCUUCGCAGGGGAGUCAGACUAUGAAGAGAUCGUGCACACAAACAAGUGGGAGUCAAUCAUCAACCAUGUAGAUUGGUAAGUAACCUUCUACCAAUUCUGCAAAAGGCGAGUACUUGUCACAAUUUCCUGCUUUCUUUCAUCCAUACAUCAAUGACAUUAUUGAUGUUGAACCAGAUGGAAACUGUGGUUUCCGUUGUAUUUCAUCUGCAUUAGGAUGGGGGAAAGAUACAUGUUAUGAUGUUCGACGACAAUAGCAUACUCAAAUCCAUCAACAUGAAGAAUUGUUUUCCAAGUUGUACUAUGACACUGUCUCUUAUGUUAGUAAUUCAUUACUCGCAAAACACUUGGGUGUUCAUGGUAGGGAGAAAUAGACGUCAAUUCAAGAUAUGGGUUACCAUUUUGCUUAUAGAUAUAGUGUUGUAUUUGUUUCUCUUUCCAUGAAAAUGAACAUAGCAUUUUUUCCCGCUUCUCAUAGCUCCACCCUCAUACACGAGUCGACAUACAAUCAUUGUUGUUGGUUUUGUCGAUGAUAAUCAUUGGGUUCAAGUAAAGUUGAGACUCAAUUGUUUAUUGCCUCCCAUCACUGAUCGUUGGAGGAAGAAUUGUUCUAAUGAUGCAAAGACAUGGGAAUCAGCAUAUGCGGGUUGGUUCAGACAUUGGG